UUUAAACUGACACAAACAGUUGAUCGCGCGCAGCCGCCGGACAAUCACUCCGGUGUAGUGAUCUAAUUGAGUUAUGCUUCAAUAAUCACGAUAACAAUGAUAGCGACACAGCUAAUUCUAAUUUCUUUUGUUAUUACCACCAAUGCACUAAGCAUAGGGACUGUGAGUGAACAAAAUGUGACAAAACGUGAAGCGAACCUAGGUGACCUGUUCCCGGAUUGGGUACCUUUCAAGAACAAACAUGGUGAGGAACUUGGAGAAUUCGUUCAGGUUGCUCGUAAACCUAAGAAGAGGUUAGCACCACCUGUUAACUUCGUGCUUAGAGCAGUAGCUGAAUCUGAAGGCGAUGACUACUUUGAAAAAGGCCAAGGUGAGAGCGAUAAUGAUGACUACUACGAAAAGAAAGAUUGGUCUGACAUCAAUAGGUCAGCGCCAUCCCAAGAACCAAGUAAACCUAAUGCCUUAAACCACACUGAAAUUUCCGAAAUAGACGGUGUUGUUAACAUAAUAACCCAAAAAGCACCAAAUACUGUCGUAGAAGCCCUUCAGAAAGCAAAACAGAAAGGUACCUCAGAGUUAAGCGAGAAAGAAGAAAAUCAAGCUUUUGAAAUAAGGGAGAGUGCUGAAGAAAGCAAAAUUCCCAGUAGCAGAAAGAAAGCAAGAAAUUAUGAAGACGAUCUUGACUACGAAGAAGGCAAUACGGAAAAACGGAAAUUAAUUGAGCCGAUAGAAGAAGACCAAAAUGAAAAUGAAGCCAAAAAAGCAAUUUUGGAUACUGUUGACGAGUUGAAAUUACGCCAUGCUAAGGAACAAGUGGCAAUAGCAGAAAAGGCUAAAGAAGAAGAAAUUUACAAAGAAGAACUUGAAAGGCAAAAGAUUCAAGCGCAGCUUUCUCCGGUAGAAAAUGAUAAAUAUGAUGAUAAGCCGAAAUCGAAAAAGAAGUAUCCAGACUACGACGAAUACGACGAGAAAUAUGUGUCACUUGAUGAAAAAUACAAGGUGAGCCCCGAAAGAACAAAACCAACGACCACACGAGUGCCGAAACGAACGAGCAAACUAAAGGAGAAGAAAGAAAAGAAGAUAGAAUCUGGCAAACUGUCUGUGUUCAAGAACCCUCAACUGUACAUAGUGUAUGACGAUGACAGCGAGGAAACAACCACUGUAAAGGCAAAAGCACGUCAAUCAAAUACUGCAAAACCAAAACAAAAUAAACCAGAAAAAUUCUCAGCUAAAUAUUCAGCAACGCCUGGUGUACCAGAUUUAGUAGAAGGUAAUGAAAGGAUUUCGCUAGUACCAGAAGAGAAGGAAGGCAAAGAAGGAGAACCAACGCUGUUCUUCCCUAAAAGGAGAAAGAACAAGAAGCGCAAGAAGCCCGCAGCUGAUUUAACUGACUCUACUUCUACUGCAACAACUGGUAAGGCGAUUAAACAAGAGAAGAAUAAGACUACUACAAAAGCCCCAGUAACUGAAGUUACAUCUAAGGAAACGACAGCUUCUGACAAUACAAGUACUGAAGUCACAGGAUCCGACACCACUGGUUCAGAUUCCAUAAUAGUUGAUACCACGGUUCAGACUGGGCCGUCAGGAACUGAUGCUGUGUCUACGAACAGUGAUGCGGUCACUGAUGCUGUACCAGCUUCCACUCAUCACCAUAAAGAGCCGGAGAAGAAAGAAGAGAAUUAUCAUCGGGAGAAGGGUGGUGGUAGGGAACAUCACUCUGAGCACGAAGAGGAACAUAGCGAAGAGGGCAAGAAGGCCUAUGAGGUGAAGACUUGGGCUGAAAGGAAAAAGUCAUUGAAUUCUAAUUGGAUUGCGCAGAAGCCAAAGCCCUGGUACUAUCUUUAUAUGGACGGUUUACAUAAAGAGACCAAAUCAGCGAAAGGAUAUCACGACAGAGAGAGCCACUCAGGAAAGUACGACGACCACGGAGGAAUCAACAAACACCAUGAGGAGGAAUCAGGACACUACGGAGAUCAUCAUCAUGAGGAACAUGGGAAAAAGCACGCGAAGUACGAGGAAUCGGGGAAACAUUCGAAAGGGCAUAGCACCAAGGGUAGCCACGACAUCCACAAGAAAGAAGAAUACGAGAAAAAAGUGGAAUUCUUCGAGGAGGAAGGUGACUCGGCCGAGGAGGAGAAACAUGGCGGAUUUAAUGAAGAACAUGGUCACUCGAAGGGCGGCCAUUUCAAGAACGGCAACUACAAUGCGGGCCACGAGGAGCACAAGAAGGGCGACUCCGGUCACUUCGCGAAAGGAGGUCAUUUGCACGUGUCUAAGGGACACAAAUCAGCGGCCGGUCACGAUGGCCAUUCGAAACAGAGCUCUGCCCACUUGGCGAAAAAUGGUAAAGAUGCGGGCAAAAAAUGGAUCUAUCAUCACGGUUAUCCACCCAAAACCGCGAACCUGGUCCUAAUUGACAGGAGAACGGACCAAAUGUACCACGGACCACAGUAUUACGGAUAAACCAAGGUUGUUUAGAAGACUAUCCGGCAGAAAUUGGUAACCGAUCUUAAUACAAAAACACUACAGUCAAUAAUCAAUGAAUUGAUCUAAGUUUGUGCGAAAUUCAAUACAAUUAACAUCAAAAAUUCUUUUUAAUCCAAAGAUCGGUUAUCCAUUUCGGCCGUCAGCGGUCUCAUCACUAGUUACUACUUUCAAUUUCUGCCAAAUAUCACCUGCACAAUGAGACGUGUAUAUCGAUAAGUGUUAUUUUAUAAAUAUUUCAGCUGACUUCUAAAUAUUUUGUUUGAUCGUUCGCCAAUUAUGAUAAUAUGCAUUAGAAAGACAUUGUUAUACCUUCAUUCUUUUCGGUCUACUUUGUUGUUAGAGUGUAUUGAUUUUUAAAUAGGCCAGCAUCACACUAGGCCAGGAUGGCCAGAUGGAUUUAAGAGUCGGUUCAUAUCUGAUGUAAAAUACGUCGAGCGUAUCAUCGGUUGCAAUAACGUAUCAUCUGUUGAGUGUGAACGGUCAAGUGUUUUUUUUAAUACAUUUGUCUGUUCUGGCGUUACGCGACGCAUGUCCCAUCAGAUAUGGUCGGUUCAAAGGAGUUAUAACUCCUUUCGAGUUUCGGGUGUCCAUGAGCCGAGCCCAUCGCUUAGUUACUCAAACCAUCACGUGAUGCGAUUGCUUGUUUGUCUCCUAUCCUAUAAAAAUAAUCCAGUACAAUGGUUUUUAUAUGUCCAUGUUUGUUUAUUCGUAGCCAUUGUUUGAUUGAGUCUGAGGUCAGCACUAAUUGAGUCUUAAUCACACUUGUUUGAAUGAUAUCUUAAGUGGAAGAAUGGCCACAUUAUACUUUUAUUAUGGGUUGUUAAUAAAACUCGUGGCCGUGUUUUUUCUAACAAUUAGGCCUUUUACCUAUUUCUGUCUUCUUUCUGUUUUUUUUAUGAGACUACUGAUUGGUCUUUUAUAGAAAAAUUGAGAUAUUUUUUCUAGAAAAAAACAACAGGCAUUUAAGAAUUUUUGAAAAAUAAAAUUCGAAUAAAAUGGAUGCAACUGGUUAGUCCGUGUACAUGAGUGCAAUUUUAUGAAAAUUUUCAUUAAAAUUUUCAUAUUUUUGUCUAUUGGGGUACUUAUUAUAAUCGACUUUAACUUUGGAACUUGUCUUUUAACCAUCUUCUCAGAAGGAGAAGUUUGUAUUGUCUCAUUUUUGUUGUAGAUUAUUAUUUUAACGUCUAUUUGGUCUUUUAACAAUAAUACUAUACAAAGACAAAUCAUAAUCAUCUCUGUACGUUGAUCUUAUUUAUAGUUAAGCGAUAGGUAAUAUUUAGUAUUUGUUCGCUAAUAAUUUUGGCUAAAAUAGGAAUCCUAUUUUCUAUGUCUGUUUGCUUGUAUCUAAGUUAAAUUGCUCAACUUUGAUAGGAUCGUUUAGUUUCUACGCUCAAGUGAUAUUGCUCAAUAAGAUUUUUUAAAUGUUUUGCUUUCCAUUCUGAUAUAUUUUUAAGCCUUUCUUUUUUCUUUCUUUUUUUCUUCUUUUCAUUAUUUUUACUAGCUUAUAAAAGGUUUACUGUUGGACAAAAACUUCUUGAAUGACACUAUACGUAUAAACAGAAUCUCAUAUUUUAAAAUAUUGUAUGAAAAGUUAAAUAUAGGUUCCCAGUCCAUAGAAUAUGGCUUCGUAAUCUAAUCUAGACCCGACUAAAAAGCAAACCUAAGGAUUUUAGAAGAUUGAAUAUUAUACUUUAUUAUUAGUGUCUUAAAGUGCAAAUUGAGUGCAUUCAGUUAGAUGAAAUUGAUAACCCCAUUUCAUGCGAUUUCUUGCUUUAUUCAGUUGCUUGUAAAGUUUAUUUUUAAAUGUCAGUGGUGUAACGGGUUUUCAUAAUAUGGUUUCUAGUAAAAUAUAAUAAGAAUUUAUUUCACGUUCAUCAUAUUUUCAACAGUCACAAAUAAGACAUAAGGUCUAUUUUAGUCCAAUAAACUUAUGUUCAGGCCUUUUGCAUAAAAAAUUGGUAAAAUUCUAUCUUGUAUAACCAAACUUUUUAGAGGCCAAAUGGCUUAAAACUAUGCCAGAGACUCUAGCGGGAAAAAAAAUCUUGAUUGUCCAUGAAUUUGAAACCAUGUUUGUUCUAGCAUUAAAUUUUAGCCAUAGAUAUUUUUGUAUUUUUGUAUGCUUUUUCAUUGUAAGGUUUUUUUUACUUUUUUAACACUAAAUAGCUUCUUAAUGUGCCUAGUUGUUAAAAUAGCCUUUUUAAUAAUAACUUUUGCUAUUUUUGUUUAUUUCAUUUCAUAUGUUAGUCUUUUUCUUAUCCGAACUAUGCAUUAUUUUUGCUUUUCUACGUUAUUUUUUUAUUUUUAUACGUCAGCUUACGAUAUGUGAAAUUAUAGGUUAUUUUUUGUACUUGUUAAUUAUAAGUUAUAAUUAAUUUAUAAUUUACACUUCUUAUAAGUUAGUAUAAGUGUCUCAUAAUUAUUAACUACUAUUUUGUAAAUACUCCUACUGUGAUUAUUUUUAUCGUAAUUUUUUGUAAAUAUUUUUUUUCUAAAUACAAGUGUAUUUUUUCA